AUGUCUACCAGCAAAGAUCCCCGACUCUAUGCACCUCUGGAUCGAUCACGACGACAUAUCCGCCUUGUCGAGAUUCUCUCUGCCAAACCAAAAAUUGUCUACAACCUUACUACCAUAUCACUCGACGAAGCUACUAAGUUCAGCGCGAUAUCAUAUCUUUGGGGCGAUAAAGGAAAAACAGAACCAAUCACUGUCAAUGGCGUGGAGCAAUUCAUCACCCCAAGUCUUGCAAAUGCACUGGAAUAUGCACCUUAUCACUGGGCCAAUGCAUUUCCUGAAAGAGACCCUAGAUCAUGUCGACUUUGGGCAGACGCACUCUGCAUCAACCAAGACGAUGAUCUCGAAAAGGGCCAUCAAGUGCAGCUGAUGAAGUUGAUAUAUCCUGCCGCGGAAGUUGUGUUUUCCUGUCUCAAUAUAGAAGCUACACAGUCGGAUAUCCGUCUCGCUUUUAAGGCUUGUGAAACGCUUGCCAAAUCAGCUGCAGAGCACGGUCUCGUUAGUUCACUCAUCGACAUAGAUGCUACCAUCGAAGAAAAACAUAUACAGGAAUUGGGAUGGCUCUUGCGGCAUCCGUUGUUGGAUGAAAACUACCCGGUGAAGUCCCAGGAAUUCGCGGACGCAGACCAGGCCAUGUACAGAAUGUUGAAAUUGAAGUACUGGGAGCGAGCUUGGGUUUUCCAGGAACUGGUUCUCUCGAGGCGCGUCGUCGUGAUCCAUCAGCUUCUGUCUAUUGAUUUGAAACUCCUGCUGGAUGCUCAAUCCUGCAUUGACAUCAUCAAGGAAAUGGCAAGUGGACCAGAGACGGACGAGGCCGACCAAUACUUCUGGUACAUAUAUUGGCAGAGGUUUUUGACGUUGAGACAAGUCGAGUGGGCACGGGUGUGUGUCUACGAGGCUGCAAAAGCCGAUGAAUCUAUCAUUCGAUCGAUGCGGAGCUUUCUUCUCGUGGGCGGAAUGUAUCGCGCCAAAGACCCAAAGGACCAUGUCUACGCCUUACUAGGGUUAACGACUCUUUACAUUGAGCCUGACUAUACUAGCAAGACGACUGUUGCCUCCGUGUACAGUGAGGUAUGCGCGGAGAUAUUGAAGUCGCAAAAGUCGGCGAAAGGUUGGCCGCUUUGCUUUCUUUCAGGAGCAGGUCUCGCAAAGCAAGGGAAGAACCAACAGUAUGAAUUGCCGUCCUGGGUAUAUAAUUUCCCCGAGACAUUCAAGGGAAACACGGUGGCCCAUUUCUUAUUCAGAGGCUACGAGGAGCCAAACUACCAUUGCCCGGAGGAGUGGAAUAGCCUUGAACCAACGAGUAUUCGUGGGGAUAGUUUGACCUGUUCUGCAGUCUUCUUUCACACUAUCAUCGAUGCAAGUCCAGCGUUGGAGGAAUCGUGCGAUAGCUGGUUGAGCUUUGUCUCUGCUAUUUUCAGAAUGAUACACCGGCCUAUGGGGAACACAGAAGACCCUCAUCCACUUUGGGCACUCGCCCGAGCGUUCGGGGCCGACGAUGGUCAAGUAAAUAUAUGGGAAACACCUGCGGCCACUCGAAUGGUUCGGAUGCUCCAGUACCUCUCGUUAAUUUGCCAAGUACCGAUCCAUGAUGACGGGAGGUACGAGGCCGAUGCAGCCCAGAAGGCCGAAGAAUUUGCACAAGGCAUUCUUGACAAGUUGCCCGAAAACAUCAUGUACCAAGACAGCGAACAACCACCAGAAAACCGGAAGAGAAACGAAAGCACCAGCAAGAUCUACCGAGAGCUCAUUUCUCAGAUAAGAGACAAAGAGUCUUUCUGGGACGACAUGGACAAUCAACAAGUGCAGCCAGAUAUCAGUGCUUGCCUCAAGCUAGAGCCAGCGAUCGGUCUUACAGACAGCGGCGAGUUUGUUCUACUUCCGCGAGUGGCAGAGAUAGGCGACCAAGUGGUUCUACUUCCAGGAUAUUGGCAGCUUUCAUUGGUACGGAAAGAGGACAAUCACUUUGUGCACGUCGGGGACUGCUGGCCUUGCAGAACGAUGCAACAAGUCGCGGAACCGGCCCGCGCAAAAGAAAUGAAAGUGAUAGAGAUACGGUGA